AUGGUUUCAGCAGAGCUGAUCGAAGCGGCGAAUGUGAAUCGGAUUCUAAAAGAUGUGACAUUCGUUCGAAUUUACCUGGAUAGUGUUUAUAUGAAUGAUUUGAAUAACGAAUGCAUCGAUGUUCUCAUCAAAAGUCGUUCGCUGUUCGGUUUCGUGCUCGAAUACGAAUUUCCGUCGUUGGAUUAUGUGUCCACCUCACUCAAAGCUCGUGUUCGCAUCAAUGCAAAAAGCUUCAAUUCGAACGCGAUUCACUUUCGACAUCGACGUGUUGUUCGUGUUAAAAUGCAUCCGAAUAUUGUGAAUUGCUGGACGAAUCGUUCCCUUCAAAUGACCAUCUACGCUCGUCUCAACACCCUCGGCAAAUAUUCCAUCAAGUUAUUGGGUCGUUGCACUCUGCAUCUCGAUCAAUUGGUUCGGCCACCGUUCGUUAUUUGUCGACAUUUAACAUUCGAAGGACCAGGUUUUUGUGGUACUGCGCUGAUAAGAAUAGACUUGGGAUCGCAUAUAAAAUCACUGAUGGAGUAUUUGGAGAUGAUGCGUGAUGGUGAUCGGAUGAUUGAAGAAGAAGAGCGAUUGCGAAGAACAUCAGCGAACAGAUCUCGAUCGCGAACUCGAUCCAAAUCCGAGUCGAGAUGGCAUGGCAGUGGGUCAGAACGGUCAAGAAGUGAGUCUGAAUCCUAUUCAAGGCCAUGCUCACGCAACGGUUAUGUAUCGUCCAGACCCAGCAGCCUUACAAGACAACAACGCGUUCCUUUCAAAUCUUUAACACAUCAACAAGACAAACCAAGGCACUCUUCCUCAUCACCUUUCAAUGACAUCAGCUCUUCUAAUCAACCUUCAUCCAUAAAUAAUCGCCCGUUGAUAUCCCCUCCACCAAUCCAAAUGUCGUCUCCACAUCUAUCACCAAAAUUAACCGAUAAUCCGAACACAUAUCGUAUUAUUUUGACUGUGCACUCUGCCCGUCGUCUUCCAAUUUUCUAUGCACCGAGGGGUGAAGCUGUAGCGCCAUCGACAUACGUCACAGUGAAUGGUGCAGACGGCCGUAUGUUGAGUUCAUCAGUUCGAGCAUCAACAUUACGUCCUGAAUGGAAUUGGACCGAGUCAUUCGAUGUGCCUAAAGAUCGACGCAAUUUGAUUGUGAAAUUGUGGCGUAAAAGUGUGACGGGAAGUGAUCGAGUGAUUGGUUUUGUAUCGAUACCAUUACCACCGUCUAAGUCAAUAACAGAGAAUGAAUAUGAAAUGUCAGAUUUGGGUGUUGCUGAACAAACACCGCUGAUUACGAUGUCAAUUAUGAAAUGUGAUGACAAUGAGAUGUCAAACGAAAAGAUGUUCGAAACAUCGUCCCAGAUGGCUUUACCGAUCCCGAGCGGUCGUCGUCCUUUACUGUGUCGAAGUCCAUCGCCAACCAUCGAUAGGAUGUCGAGGGAGGAAAUAUCCGAAAGACUGCGGAAAAAUCUGAGUGAACUCGAAAUGAUGAUGGCUGAAUUGCGAUAUUCACAAUAA